ACAUCUACUCAACCACGUCACAACAUAAAUAUACAGACAAAAAAAAAAAAAAAAUAAGGAAAAUACCAACCUCUUCAAGGAGAUUAUAACACCAUUAUCUUUGGCAAAAUGGUAAAAAGGCGAGAGGGUAGCACAACGCAUUUGGCUCUGUUAAACGAAUCCGAAAUAAUGGAGCGGCAAAAGAAGUACACGGUCCGAUUUCAAGAUAUUUCUGCUGCCUGUGCCAACUUUAAAAGUGCACUCGCUCAGUUUAGAACCAUGGAGGAGGAAAGGACAAAUCUUGAUCGCUGGGAGCAUUUCACUCGAUGUGAUGGUUUGCCCAAGGUCCGAUCACCAAAAGAUAUACGAACAUUUUUGGCCAAAAUCCGUCACUUCGAAGAUAUCGAGAGCUCUAAUUCGAUUGACUGGAAUUUGGCCGUGAACGAUCGCAGUAUUCUUACCCAAAAUAUUUACCACAAGGACAUGACGCGUUCCACAUUACAAAAGCAAAUCGUCGAUGAUCCGGGUUCCUAUUUCGAGAAAAAUGUAAAUAAUUGUCUGGAGGUUUUAAGGCAGGUGGAUGCCCUAAUGGACAAUGAGAUCGAACUGGAGCGCAUAGCCAAGAGUGUUCAGAUUGAUAUCAUGGAGGUUACCGGUGAUAUCCAAAAAGAGAUCCAAAGCCUCAUUGAUCGUCUUACCUAUCGGAUAUUGCGAAUGCAGAAGGCUUAUAUGAAUUCCGUAAAUGGUAUAGUGGGUACGUGGAGUCAUUCCUCUGAUUUUUGGAGCAUGGAUCUUUGGGGUCUUUACAAUGUUCCCAUAAUAUUCGAACAGUUGGAUGUUCCAAUUAUGCUGGCUGAUUUCAGUGCCACGGGUGUCCAGGUUCAGAUACCCCUGAGUGUCCUGACGGAUUGCCUCACCCUUCGGUGCGUUCACACAAGCUUUGACCAUUUUUCGGAGAACGCCAAGAGCUACGAAACCUUUCCAGUUGAAGGUAAUCUCGUUCCUUUUGCUGGGACCAAAGACAUGGAAGAGUCGGUGGUUGGCGAGUGGCUGAUGCAGCAGGACAUUCAGGAGGAAAUAUUAGACUCAAUGCACCGGAAGCGAGCAGAAUAUGAGGAGCUAAUGCAGCUCAUUGCCGAGCGGACUGAGCAGGCUGCCAAGGAGGCAAAGUCCAAGGAGGAAGGCAAGCGAACCAAGGUGGUCAUCCCGAAGACCCCUAAGAUGGUGCCCCUUGUUCCGCAAGGAAUGUAUCCCGAUAUAUAUGAUGAGUUUCUUUUCCGCGAGGACAACCAAUACAAUAUUUUUGUGCAAAGCUUCUUUCAUCCAGAUCAUUUAAAUAUGUCGCCCGGUGAGAUAAAUCUCAGAGAGUGUAUCAUCAUUGGUGGCGUCUACAAUAUUUCCUUCGUGCGGCGACCAGAUCAAACACAGUUCGAGAACUUCAACAUUAUCUUGCACGAGGAUGGUCGAAUUUUGCACGUAAUAGAUGGUGUGGUGGCACAAGGCGAAAGAACCUCCAAAGUUUCCGAUUUCACCAGAAUGACAAUAAGUGACACUCAGUUGAAGUUGGAUGAUGCUGACUUGCCAUAUUUCAUCGUUACCGUAAAGUUGCCUCCGGAACUCUGCAGGUGGGGAACACCUCAAGUGUGUCAUUACCUGGAGGAGCUCGAGUUAGCACCUCAAUCUCCGGAGAGAGGUACCAUGAUAACGCUCAACAUUGAUCUCAAUCGAAUAUCAACCACAUUGAACCAUCAUGAAGAGAGCAUACGCCGAUCCACCUUUAACAAUCAGUUUCAUUCAUGUGUUAAAUCAGUCCUCAAGCAAAGUAAUAUCCUUGAUCAGGACACGGCGAAAGUUACUUCUCUGAAGGAUUUCCGUUUAGACAAAAUCUUGAAGAAGGUGCAGAUGAAUAACUUAAAGAAACUCUGCCUGCCUCGCAUAAUUUCUUCAUUUAAUUUUCCCAUCGAGUUUAUUGAACAAAAAGAGGCCCAAAAGUCAAAGCCAAGUCGUUUAAAGAAAAGGCAAGAAACCGAGUUGGUGGAGGAAGUUAGUAGAGAAGCGGAACCCUUCGAUUAUAGUAAGCAGCAACGGCCAGAAAGGGUUUUCCCCGUCUUCGAGAUUUUAGCUCCUGCAGAAUUCCGAAUUCCGGAAACUGAUUCGACCAACAUUGAUUCUGCUGAUGAUACAAAAACAACAACAACAAUAACAACAACAACAACAACAACAACAACAACCGCAUAUGGAUUAUUGUCAACAUUGGAGGAUAUCAAGACACAAUAUUUGGAAAGGCCGUUUAAAGUGAUUGACCAAGUCGGUCCAGAGCCUUCGUCCAAAAAGCCCGAAAAAAAGGUGGAAAACCCAGUGGAAAGGUCGGACGCCAGAGAAAGUUAUUAUUCUUUUUCAGAUCUUCGAACAAGUUUUGACAAAACUGCUUUCGAAAAGCCACUGAGGAGUUCUAUGAAGCGACAAAGUAAAACAAAGAGAAAGAGCAGCAAAUUGGAGGAACGGCACUUGAAAACUGAAAACGACGAAAAGGAACCUCCAGUAAUGCUAAAUCACUGGACAAAAGAUCAUAUUAUUGAAUCAACGUUGGAUCUCCAGACCAACACACUAACCUUCAGAACCGAUCGGUUGGGCAGGUUCGGAUUGGCCUUCAAGCGGUACGAGCAUUUCCCCUUUCGUGAUUGGUUUUUGCAGCCAAAUGAGGAAAAUCCCGAUGAGAUCAUUCUCAAUUUGGAAACCCACCAUGUGCGAAUGAUUUUCUACAUCAGUUCUAAAGGAGUAAGGGGUUAUGUGACCGAUUUGAGCAAGGCUUACACGGCGAAUCCAGUAAAGUAUCUCGAGAUUGUGGAACCCAUAUCCGACUUUCGGGAACUGCGAAAGUUACUCGUGAAAAAGAAUCUGAAUAUUUUUGCAGAGAACGAUGCCUCUUACUAUAUUACAAAUGGGUACUUUUCUAUAAAACAUGUGGCCACCGAACUGCACACCUACAACACGAUGGCAUUGCAAUGCAAGCUAAUGAAGUUCUAUCGAUCCGGUUGGAAUCGGCUGGCCAAUCGUCGAACUAUUAUUAUGGACAUGAAGUUCGCCAAUGAUAGAUCUGAUUACACCGAAGUCACUAUGCGAAUUACACCCGAGAAGACGACGUUUGUCAAGGUUUUCGAGAUGUGUUCGGAUAAUAUAAAUGUGGUAAACCUUCGUUACGAGGAAACUUGGAGGAACGUCAAUAACUAUCAUGAUCUUGGGCAGGCCAUCUCUUCAAUGAAUCCACAUUCCCAAGAGGGUUCGAAUAAAGACGCAACGCUCUUUGUCUACAUUAGGCGGCUUUUGAACGAGAUUCGCCCUUUGAGUUUCUCCUAGGACCUCGUAUU